AUGUCUACAUUUGUCAAAGACUUCGAUGCACUUUUGAAUGACUUCAUUGAUUGCCUUGGCUAUCUUUAUUUUCUGAGAUACAGGCACCCCUCUGAUUAUGAAGUGCUGUUCAGUGCUUGGCGUCGUGUAGAUGAAAUCUUCAACAUAGUUAGGGAACAGGAAUCCUCAAUACGGGUCCCAGAUCUGGAUUCUAAAGCUGCCAUGAAAUUAGCUCGCACUAUUCUUUCUCUCUCUCCUAAGGCCCUGAAACCUGAUGAUCCCAAAGCAUGCCCCGUUGCGGUCGCCAUCUACGUCGACGGAAAUCUUCUGUUGUACAUCGCCCAGGACGGCUGCGACACCUUUCUGAGGGACGAGACCUAUCCAGAGGAUAUCAGUCAACUUGAGUUAAUCCAAGAAAUGGCAGGCGCAGUUAAAAAAGCGCGUCACUCUUCAUUACUGAUGAAUAUUUUGGACAUGGACCGUGGACUUCCGUGGCGAAGGAGCGACUUUCCUGACGUUGAACCAUAUGAACCGACCUUUGAAUCGACCAGAGAGGCUUUCAUAGCUGAGUACAACGGCGAAGAAUACCGCGGCAGAGGCUUCCCACUUUUCCUCGAAGGCUCUGAUCACCCGUGCGGUGCGAUCUGCGUCAGCGGUCUCGAAGAUUCCCAAAACCAUGAUCUAGUAGUAAGGGGUAUCAAGAAGUACCUCCGGAAAAUCGAUAGAAAAGGCUCUUCAAAAAGAAAAAGAGGCCACUCAGGAAACAGAGGGGGUCCUUCGGGAGACAGGAAAGAUUCUGAGUCUGAGAGCGAAAUGGUCAAGAAGGAGACCGUAUGA